CUGUGCUGACUCAUUCACACACUAGAAAUGAUUUUGACUGAAUUGGUAGUUCGCUAAAUUAAGAACGACUAGCGGCUUUAACGCGUCUAGGAGGAUCAGGAGGUUGAUGACCUUGGGGACGGUGAGACCCGUCCUUUCGGCUUCUCGAGUUGCCGAUAAGUUUUUGUUGAAUCAAUAGUACUAGGUAAGUUCUAGAGAGCACUAGAUCUACUAGAGAGCGCUUUCAUCUUCGCAGUUGGGCCGCAUUGGAUUGUAGGUCAAGCGUUCUUAGACUUACCUCGAGAAGUAGUCGUUGCAAAAAUGCCGUGGUUUCAUCGCGCGGCUGUUGCCGCAAGUCUCCCAUGGUGCACCAUGGCUGUAACACCAGCGUCCGGGGAGCAGAAUGGAGACGACAAAUUUCUCUUCCCGUUUUCAACAGGUAAACCUUUGAAGGAGAUCAAAAGGCUGGUGGCAGCCGAUCCCGGUUUGGCGUAUCGCGCAAGCGAACUGGGAGAGACUCCUCUUCAUGCCGCAGCGAUAUCGCCUGAAACGUCACCCGAGGUACUACUUACUUAAUAUUGAUUUGGGAAAUAUAAUCCUCCACGUUUGAUAGUGAUACUAUUUUUUUCUGUCUUCUGAUGCAUGUUGAGGUUGACGAUGCUCUGAUCCCUAAUUAUAGGGGGAGGUCUAUGUUGGAUGACGUGAUUAAAGACUUUUUUCACAUUCACUUUCACGAUACAACGAACUCUAAAUCAACCUCGAUUUUACAACUCAGGUGGUAGAAUUUUUGUUGGCGAGUGGCGCGUCGGCGAAUCAGGCAACGGUCGGCGAGUACCGUAGGACGCCGUUGCAUUGGUGGUUGUUCGCCGACAACCCAGAUAAGGAACGCAUAAUUGAGCUCCUGAUUUCCAGUGGCGCAAACCCGUUCCACGAAACGGAGAUUGAGGGAGAAGAUGGCUUCGCCGCUGCUGAGACGCUGGGUUUGGACGACGUCGCUGCGAAAAUGCUCGAGUGGAUAGAGGACUAUGUCGACAACAGAAAUUCCGAAGAUGCUGGUCGUGGAGCGGACAAGGAAAACGCAAAACUGAGGAAGCAGAUCGAGAAACGAAAAAGGCUUCUCGUCGAGCGUGAGGAAGAAAUGGCGGAACUAGAGGAUGACGAAGCCGCUGCAGCCAUCAGCGAUGACGAGCUGUAACACAUAUGCUUGUUCAUCAUUCCUUAUAAUAUAAUAUCGAUAAUAAAGAUGAAGAUCCUGCCUGAUCUUCGCGCUCCUUGUAUCACCCGUUUUUAUAAGCUUUUCCUUGUUCUUCUUAUAUGUACUUUAACCGUUGAGAGUCCUACCCUUUCAUUACAAGCAAUUCUACUAGAAGAAGAAAAAUAGGACCAGUCAAAAUAGCCCGUCUAUUAACCACGGUUGAUAAUGCACCCAAUUAAGAAGUAUACAUUGCAGCCCCACGACGUUUUGAACAUUCACUAUAACAAUAACGACCUCAAAUAAUGCGGCAGGUUUACUCUCAAAGAAAAAGUACUUCCAGUUCCAGGCCCACGUCAUUAGCCUUAUGGACAAGAAGAGGCCGUCUCAUGCAGAAACGGCAAAACCCGCGAAGACACAAGUAGUGUUCUAAGUUGCUCCACAAUAUCG